UUCCCCAUCGCAGCAGGAAACUUAUCAAGUUCAAUUAAAUUUCUUGGUAAAUGCAAUGUUGAACCAGUCGCCAGUCGGCGAAUCACUUUUGUAUUGGAACGUCGAACAUUCUUGUCUCAAUCCAAUCAUCACGAUAACCACGCAUUCCUCUAACCUAAAAAUCGUUUUUCUGUUGUGAAUCGUUGGUGGUGUUGUGCGUUUCGAUAAUAAAUAAUUGAUAAGUGGACAUUCGUGAUAAGUGUUUUUUUUUAUAGCAACGAUAAGGAUUUUAUAAAAACUGUGAUUUCAUCGAGGACGGUGGAGGUGCGGACAACAGCGCAGGCGUCGGCGUCGUCGGAGCCGUCGAAAGACGUGGAGGUGGCGGUGGCGGGGGUGGCGGGGAAAGGGGGGGUACGGGUAUCGGGAGGCGCGCGCCAAGUUUGCGCCUAGCGAACGGGCGCGUAGCGGCGGCUUCGCAGUCCGAAGAAGAAAUUCGCACGCCGCCGCCGCAUUGUCGACUCGCCAAAGAUGACUCGAUCAAGAUCAGCAUCGAGAAUACUAACACGUGUACCGAUUCGCUGGUGACGGCUAUCGACGACGAAACGUUGUUAAUCACGGAUUACCUCUCUAACGAUAUGAAUUACAAGGGCAGCGGAAAGGUUCACUUCGACGAUGUGUCCCUUUACGGCACUCCGAAAGAAGAACCAGGACCAACGCCACUGGGUUCCGCGGAAGCUGGCAAACAGAGUUUUAUCAAGAACCAACUGCAAGCCCUUUUCCAGCCAACAGAUAACAAGUUGGCAAUGAAACUGUUCGGCUCAAAAAAGGCUUUGAUGAAAGAAAGGAUCAGGCAGAAAGCUGCAGGACACUGGGUUAUACAUCCUUGUUCUAGUUUCCGAUUUUACUGGGACCUGUGUAUGCUGUUACUGUUAGUGGCAAAUUUGAUAAUAUUGCCAGUCGCAAUAAGUUUCUUUAACGAUGACCUCAGCACACGCUGGAUUGCCUUCAAUUGUCUGUCCGAUACCAUUUUUUUAAUCGAUAUUGUUGUAAAUUUUAGAACAGGUAUUAUGCAACAAGACAAUGCCGAACAGGUCAUAUUAGAUCCAAAAUUAAUAGCUAAGCAUUAUUUGAGGACAUGGUUUUUCCUCGAUCUGAUUUCGUCCAUUCCCUUAGAUUAUAUAUUUUUAAUAUUUAACCAAGAUUACGGCGACAGUUUCCAAAUCCUUCACGCAGGACGCGCGUUACGUAUCCUGCGUCUCGCUAAACUAUUGUCCUUGGUACGACUUCUGCGUUUAUCCAGGCUAGUGAGAUACGUCAGUCAAUGGGAAGAAGUAUAUAUCUUGCAGAAUCUUCAAAAAAAGCGAACAGAACGGAGGGGACGCCUCAGUUCGGACGUCAACAAGUUUAAUACCACCAAAAGCAAUCUCAUCUUUAAGUUUUUGAAUAUGGCCAGCGUUUUUAUGAGGAUAUUCAACCUAAUUUGUAUGAUGUUGUUGAUUGGUCAUUGGUCGGGGUGUUUACAAUUUUUAGUUCCGAUGCUACAAGGAUUCCCCCCAAAUUCCUGGGUUGCUAUCAACGAAUUACAGGAAGUAUCCUGGUUAGAACAAUACUCGUGGGCGCUGUUCAAGGCGAUGUCCCACAUGUUGUGUAUAGGUUACGGUAGGUUUCCGCCUCAAUCGCUGACAGAUAUGUGGUUAACCAUGCUUUCAAUGAUAUCCGGAGCGACGUGUUACGCACUAUUUUUGGGCCACGCCACGAAUUUGAUACAAAGUUUGGAUUCGUCGCGAAGACAAUACAGAGAAAAGGUAAAGCAAGUCGAAGAAUACAUGGCGUACAGGAAAUUACCGAGAGAGAUGCGUCAACGCAUAACCGAAUACUUCGAACACCGUUACCAGGGCAAAUUCUUCGACGAAGAAUGUAUAUUGGGAGAACUAUCCGAGAAACUACGAGAAGACGUCAUCAACUACAAUUGCAGGUCCUUGGUGGCGUCUGUACCAUUCUUCGCGAAUGCGGAUUCGAACUUCGUAUCCGAUGUUGUUACCAAAUUGAAAUAUGAAGUCUUCCAACCUGGUGAUAUUAUCAUAAAAGAAGGAACGAUCGGUUCCAAGAUGUACUUCAUCCAGGAAGGUAUCGUCGAUAUCGUAAUGGCGAACGGUGAAGUAGCUACUAGUUUAAGCGACGGUUCCUAUUUCGGUGAAAUCUGCCUAUUGACAAACGCCAGAAGAGUGGCGUCCGUCAGGGCGGAGACGUACUGUAAUUUAUUUUCAUUGUCCGUGGAUCAUUUCAACGCAGUACUCGAUCAGUACCCUCUGAUGAGACGCACAAUGGAAUCGGUGGCGGCGGAGAGGUCAGUGCGUUGGCUAAACAAAAUAGGUAAAAACCCAAAUCUGCUAGCCCAUCGAGAAGAAGACUUGGGUAGCGAAAGCAAAACGAUUAACGCUGUAGUAAAUGCCCUAGCCGCGGAAGCGGAUCAUGUAAAUAUGUCGAACGAAUCCGUAGCACGACUCCAUUCCAGCGAUCGAGACAUUCGAGAAUUAGGUUGGAAUUUACAAAAACUCGCCCUACCUAGACCUAAAUCGGAAAAUAAUUUCGCUUCGCAGGACAUGUCUUUAUUCAGAAGUAGCGAAAACAACGGAAGAAUAUCCUUCCAUAAAUCCGACACUUUCCAUAAGGAAUCUAACUUACAAUGACGGCACUCCACGCACUAGUGUUCAGUGUUGUCAGAUCAACUGUGUCAGAUGCCGGUGCUCACUGUUGCCACAGCUGCACUCAUCUUGCGCACAGACCACCAUUGAACUGGCCAUACACUGUACUAGUGCGUGAACAAAGAUACGGCGUAUGAUGAAACGUCGAUAUAUGACACGUUCUAAUCUUCGACAAAUAAUUUUUUUUCUUGUUGUACGUGAUUUGCGUUAUAAUAUUCACAAAAAAUAUCAUAUAUUAUUAAAUUCCAAAGUACCUUUCGUGAAAUAUUUUUCUGCGAAAUAUAUAGGUUAGGAAUUCAUAAAAUGUAUUAUAAAAUUAAUCACUGCUGCGCGGAUGAAAUUUUUCUUUGUCGAAUUUCGGUGGUUCAAUGAUCACGUCGAGGUUUCGUCAUGCGUCUGUUUCUUUUUUUUUGUUUUUUAUUGAAGCAAUAAGUGAUAUGGACACUUCGCUAGAAUUGUGCAAUAUUAGAACUAAUGUUAAGUUUUAGCUUUAAUGAUUUAGGUGCUCAACAAAUUUAUAUUGGAUACUAGAGACUUCACAAACCCGGUUUUUGGGUACUCCACUUAAAUCGCUAUAUCGUUUCUGGGUAAUAAAACACUUUUUAAAUAAAUAUUAGUAAACAUGUUAUCGACUGAAUUUUGCAGAAAAUUGUUAUACGUAUAUUAUGAUGUCAAAGCAAAUUUAAGGAAAAUAAAGUGAUAUACGCUGAUGUAACUUCUCUAAUUGAUUCGUUUUAUACAACAAUUCAACAUUAUUUUUACCAAACUAUUCGUAAAACUUCAAUCCAAUUCUUGUUUAUAUUGAUUACCAUAAAAUAAUUGAAACAAACUCCAAAUUUUCUUUAAUAUAAUAUCUUCUUCUUUUUUAAUAUGACUUUAUUAUCAUCCUUUCUGGUAGCCUGUCCAGUGAUCAUCGUGUUUUUAAUUUCUGGUUCUUUGCCCAUCUGUUUUGUGGCAUUUGUUUGACGUGAUUAUGUUUAAAUUUCUUUAACCGAUCUUUCCACGUCCCAAAUUUCCAGUUCUCUAAUAUCCUGACUUUUCCGUCGAUAUCUGAUGCUUACUCCCUUAAUUCUUCAUCUUUUUCUAUGAUUCUAUAGCCCGCUGCGGGCCUUGAACUCCCUAAAUAUUCUUUCCCAGCCCUCUUCGAAUUGCGUUUAUCUAGAGGAUUGAUUGCAACUUUCUGUCACCUUUCCUAUAUCUUCAAAUCAAUUCAAGUACUUAUCCAACAUCUUUAGUUUAUGUAUAUUUGAUUGAAUCUGCAUCUUCUAUUUCAUUAUUAUAGGUCUUGUAUAUGUGCAAGGAGAACAUAGAACGCCUUAUUUAUCUCCUUGAUUCUUCUUCUGAUUUCUGUGUUUUCGUUUCUCUCCUUAGUAAGCUCAACAUCCAGGUAUAUGAAACCUGUAACUAUUCCCAGAUUUUCAUCUCCUAUUUUAACAUUAUGGAGCAUUCAAUUUCCUUAAAUUAUCUAAAUAUCUUCUGAACGUUUAAAAUCCGCAUUUUUUGUGAGCAUACGAACUUUUUAUGAACUUGACAUUUUUAUGCUCUAAACUCAAGAUCUCUCGAUAAUGGUUUAUAAUCCAACAUAAAUUAGAGGUUAGUUCGUGGUAAAAAGGAAAGUAGGACGAAUGCGCAAGCGCUGAACUAAAAAUCCGUAUACAAAUCCAAGGAUAUAUUGGACAUAUUCAGAACUAGAAAUCUAUGCUUAAAGGAACAGAAUGUUAAAUCCCAAACGUGCUAUAUUCGCUCCGCGAACGCACAAUUUCAAACUGCACUUGGAUCUGACAUAACAUAACAUGUUCAGAUCUCUACCGCGAACAAAGUUAAUAUCUUAAACAACCACGGUCACGAAAUAUAAUGAGUUGUAAGGAAGCGCAACGUUGCCAUUUUUAAGUAACUGUCAAUCAUUCGGUUGAGUCAGAUUUGUCUUUGUGUAGGAAUUAUUUACUUUAUUUAUCAUAAUUAUUUAAUUUAAUCUAUGUUGGGUUAAAAUAUAACAAUUUUUAAUAUAGGAUAUGGAAGAAUAGGGUUUCAAUAUCAAUCAUGUGAUUUUACUGCACCCAUAAUACUAUAACUAAGUACAGAAAAAAAUUGGAUAUAAUUUAAUUUUGAAUACAUAAAUUUCAUUUUUCUGUUAAUAAACAUAAUAUGGAACAUGCUACAACUUCUUUAAUUGGAUCCAAUUUGGCAACGUUGUCCAUAUAAUUAGUUGAAGGUUAUCAGGCAGAUUUCCAGCUGCUAUGACAAGAACUUUCGAUCUGAAAUUAUCCCUGAAAUACAACUGAAGUUUUACAAUGAUAUUUUGUUGAAUUGUUAAAGAAAAAGGAAUAGUUAGAAGUUGCACAAUGUUAUUUAGAAUAAUAUUUAGCAAAUUAAUGAUAAUUGUGAUUUUCACGUUUUAUUCUUAUGUACAAAUUUCAAAAUUCCUUGAGAAUGGUCAGUACAACCAGGUGUAUUGAUUGAUUUGGUUAUUGACCUUGAAUCCAAACAGCGGCGCUGUUUUUUUAUGUAAGUAUUUAGUUGCAUUCUCGAUGUAUUUACUUCGUAUUAUUAUAUUUUCAUGUUAUUCGAAAAAAUAGAGUUUUGAGUUAGACAAUUAAAAACAAAUAUUUAUAAUUGGA